AACUCUUCCCCUUGGCUGCAGCUUGCAGUUCCCCGAGGUGCCAUGGCCCCCAAAACUUGGGGCGACUGGAGCACGGCCCUGUCACACCUGGUGCUGGGAGUGGUGUCUCUGCACGCAGCUGUGAGCACUGCCCAGGCGAGCCGAGGGGCUGCUGCUGGCUUCCUGCUCCAAGCCUUGGCUGCUGCCACUAUGCUGACCCCAGGGCUAGACACAGACGAAGACGGCCUUGCUGGAUCCUGGGUAGCCACUGUCAUCGGCCUGCCCCUUAUAGCCUUUGACUUCCACUGGGUGAAUGGGGACCGUUCCUCAGCCAACCUGCUCCUGGGAGGAGGCAUGGUGUUAGCAGUGGCUGGCGGGCAUCUGGGUGCUGAGGCCCGCUCUGUGGCAGGCCAGGCUGUGGUGCUGGUGGUGGCAGUGACCAUCCUCAUUGUGGCUGUUUUCACCACCAACACUUACGGUAUGUGGGGGGGCAUGAUGCUGGGCACCGCAGGACUCCUGAGCAGGCUGGACCAGGACAGCCUGCUUCCACUGCCCAAGGAAGACGUGUGUCGCUGGACCCUGGCCGCAGGCAGCUGGGCCUACCACCAUGCCCUGCAAGCACAGCACCUGCAGUGGGAGUGAUGGCUGCAGAUGCGGGCAGCUUUGCCUACUCCCCACGUGUGCCUUGCCUGGGACCCUCUCCACAGGGAGCGUCUUGCAGGGUGCAGCCCAGGGCUGUGUGUGGAAGCUGCUCCUCUGCUGAGUUGCUGAGAAUGGAUGCUUACCUAGCCCAGAACGUUUGGGGACCUGGGUCCAGGAAUGAUAUUGUUGUGGGGUACAGGGUGAUUUUAUCUCCAAUAAAUCUUAGGGAUUCAGCA